GUUGGAUGAUAUUUACCUGCGCGUGCAAGUUGGGAAUCAGGAGCGUACCGUCGCGUUGGCUCCGAGAACCUCGAGUGCCUCGAGACCGUAUUCCUCGCACUGUUAGCUGCGUGCUAGCUACCCGUACAAGAUCGCCGGCAUGCGAUUGUUAUAGCAGACGAGAAUCGAGGGACAAGGGGAAGAGAUCUGAAACGUUUCAACGAUCAACAUGCUGUCCAAGUUGCUGGCCGUGCUCUGCACAGCACUUCCGUUGGUGCUGUCGCAGAGCAAUUAUGCGUCGCACGGUAACAGCAUCGAGUAUCAGCCCGGUUUGCCACCCAGUACGGUCCUCGACGGGAAGGUGACCAAACUGGACGACAUCUCGUCGAUGAUAUUUCUGAACCGCACGAAGGCGUACCUGAAUUGCAGCCAGGGUAGCAUGCACGUCGAGCUGAAGUUCGAGGAACCGUUUUAUGGUGUCGCCUACGCCGAUUUCGAUCGUAACAGCGCCUGCAUAUUCAAAGGACGCGGAGCAACCAGUGCUAAGUUGGAACUACCUCUAAAAGGAUGUGGCACGAGGCAGGAUCCUCAACGCGUUUUCACCAAUAAUGUUGUAGUUCGUUUUCAUCCGGGCCUCGAAAUGGACGGCGACGAAGUUAUCACGAUAGUCUGCAGAUAUCCUCCUCCCGUUGUGCAAGCAGCACCCGCGCCUCCUGCUAGCGUGCUGGCUACCGCGACUCCCGCUCCGUUGGCCGAACCACCCCUAAAAGGAUUUCAGAUUUUGCUGAUCAUCUGCGCGAUCCUGUUCCUGUCGUUGCUCCUGCUGGGUCUGGGCUGCUCGUACAUGUGCUUGAAACGCAGAAACGUUCGCGUCAUCCAUCGUCAUCCGUUCGGCAGCAGCUCUGGCUCCGAGAUAACCAAACUCUCCACGUCGUCUCUAAGCAACAUCACCAUGUUCGAGGGUCUGAAAAUACCUAGGGCUCACGCCCUUCUUCACGCACCUCCGUCCACUACGGGCAGCGACGCCAAUUUGAUGAUCGAUCAUUCCUUACCUAGCGAUUACCCCAGCGAAAGUUCAGAGGUGGACGAAGAACCUUCGCUGCCUGUAUCUUCGGCCGGCUCGUACGACAACAAGGCGUUCAUUCACCACGAAACUCAUCAACGACAAGAAAUACGCACCAACAGUUCCCUGUAUUCGGAGACGGUGGCUGCCGAAGUAGAAACGUCGUCCAUGACAGCGGCGAACGCUUCGAGAACCGCGAUACCUCGACACAUGAUGGCCAUGCCGCUAGAGCCAAAGUUCGACGUGCAAAUGCGAGUGAAAAGAGCUCCGCCGCCCCCGCCCAGCCCUCUGUCUCUCUUGUCGGAAUCCGACGUGGCAAGCGUUGCCUUGGAAAGAAACCUGACCACGAUCCUAGAGAAGGAAGAGUCCAGCCUUACUCGCGGUCUGGAGAGUCCAGCCGGUAGAAUGACGACCUUCUCCUACGUUCCGGAUCAUCAUGGACCACCACCGGGAGGAGCCUCUUCCGGCUCGACGAUAUCCCGCCAGCAAACGCCGCCCGUUUACUCGAGGAUUCUGAGGAAACAGGCAGAAAGAGAGACGACCACGACCAGCACCAGCCUCGUACAAGAACGAAUUCCCUCUCCCGCGGAUUCCCCGGUCGAACAACCGCCUCUUCUUCAACACCACGAGAUUCGCAGACCGAGAUCCUUGACUUCCCUGAACACCGAAUUAACGGAGACGCGUUCCCUCACCGAAGUGACCGACCACACUCAUGCCAAGUACAAAGUGGCCAGUAUCCUCGCGCCGACGCCGCCGCCGCCCCCGCCUAUCGUUCCAACGGCCACGACGACUCACACGGCUAUACAACACCGCGAACAUAGGCUGUUCCGCGAAGAGGCGACGGAACCGCUGGUCGAGCCUCAGGUGGUCGCCCCAAGGCGUCCAGAGAUCACGACGCACGAAGUAGACGACGUGUUCUUGAAAACGGUGACGGAGAAGAAGACGAUCGAGGACGUGGAGCGUCAUCGUCGCCAGGUGACCGAGUACAGAACCAGACCACAGCCGCCGCCCGACCCGAAAUGGGACGUCACCAUCAGGAACUAUCCGCAAGAGAACCUGCCGCCACCCCCGCCGGAGUGGGAGAACUUCUCCGACAUCAGUUCCACUUCCAAUCUGACUAUCACGAACGAAACUAACGGAAUCCAAGUAGACGUCGACGCCCCGUUGGACGAGGAGCCCGACAUCAACAUCGAGCCAACGUACACGGCUCGCGCCGAGAUACCUUGCAGACUGGCUCCGUCGUCGCGUCGUUCGAUCGACGAGACCGACGCCGACUGGUUCACCAGGCUGUCCCGCGUCUUGGACCCGCGUUACACCACCGAACUGACCGAACACGAACGCGCCAGAUGGCGGGAGAUCAUUACGACGGACAGCACCCUGAGGACGCUGUUGACCGAAGCUGUCGUCAAAGAGGACUACGAGCUGAUACGCAAAGACGCCAGAUACACCAAUCUCUUCCCACCGGCGAAAUGGGACGUGAUCAUUCGAAUCCUGGGACCCCAUUCGACGCAAGCCGGGUCCACGUCGUCGUCCAAUCACGGAAAGAAUCACGGACAGAGAUACAAGAGGUCGAAAUCGUCCGAGUGGGACACCAGGUCCAGGAGAUCGUCGCUGCCGACUCUGUACGAGUACGAGAGCGACGGAGGCAGCUCUGCUCGUAGCCAGGGCCACCGGUUGCAGAUCUCGCAGUCGGCCACGGCGAUGGGUCAACCGAGCCGAUUGCGCAGAUUAGGCUCGAGUCACAGAGGCGCGGGCGGUAGCAGCGAAGUGGACGUCAGGUCGAUGUCCGAGAUGACGGUCAGAGAUUUCGUCAGAGUGGACCGCGACGACCUGACGAGUCUGAGCUCGUUCGAGGGCGCCGACUCGUUGGUCAGGUCCCUCAGUCAGCCUAGCUUAGCCAGAAGCGGUUCGGAGUUCACCGAGCACUGGGGUAUACCGUCGGGGAUGCUCGACCUACCACCGUGGGCGGCGGAGGACGCGGAACAGGGGACCAGUUCCGUCGAAACUACGCCCAGAGUCGUCAGAAGAAACGAUCGUUUGGAUGUUGUCGCUUCGUUCGAGGAUCGCAGACAACCGCCGGUUGGGCCAAGCUCCUCGACGACCAGAUCGAGUCGCUACAUGGAAAGAGAGCUGACCAGCGUACGCGUGUCCGAGAGUCAACGAACCACCAACUGGUUCCACGACGAUUCUGAGCCAGAGAUGCAAAUCUGAGCUGCCAAUUUUCUUCACAAGUGUCUUUUCAUUACGCUCUUCUCGUUUCGUUGUUACCACGAUCGAGCCAGAACACGAGUCGCUUUCGAUAGCUACAUUCCGACAAGCAUAUUUAUUCUUUAAACUCUCUUCUGUAUUCGCUUCAUACCUAUAUACCUUUUCUUUUUUUUCUAUUUUUUUUUUUUAACCAAGUUGUUAACUAAAACACCAGUUCGAUGGCCAACUGUCUCACUGCCUGGUUGCAAGAACAAUUCGUUAACGUUCACUGCCUGUUUCUUCCUCGCGCCCGGCAGACCAAAAUCGAAAGAUGAAAGACGAAAGUCUGCCUUUUCGCUGGGAGCAGCGUCUCUACAAACGUCCAACGAAUAUUUCUAUACGACUCAACGCGUCGACCACCAUAUUUUAUACGUUCCAAGCCGCGAUUCAAAACGGUUGCUUUCGACGAUGCCAUACGAGGGACAGUUUUCCUCGAGUACGCCAACGAACAGAAAUGUUUACGGACGUACCCGACAACUAGCGAUUAACGUUAGUAAUUUCAUCGUUUCGUUCCAGCCAAUAACAAAGCUUAAUGUUUGGAAGACAUUAAUCGACACUAACACACGGCAGUCGAUGCGUUGAAAAACGAUAGCCAUUCUCUACACUCGCCACUCGAAAUAUAAUAGAAGAAAGUCGUGUUCGAUAACAGGUAUUCGCGGCUUUAACGAACGAGUGGGACUGUAGAUUAUAGCAAAGGUAUCGAAUUAACCAUAAAUUAAUAAUUCGCUCCAAGCAAGUUAAAGGGUAAUGUUUACAAUUAACCACGCAACAAAUUAUUUUUCCUAACGAUCGACGAAUGGCCGGACGUCCAUUCACCAUGACUUUUUGGAGCGGUAUUUAACACGUUCGCUACCAACCUUACCACGGUUCUUUCAUUCCGCGUUGUUUUCGAGUUUCAAUUUCGCCUCAUUAUCAAUUCUUUUUACUCGAUAAACGAUAGACUCGCAAUUCUCUCGGAUAUAAGCUCGGUUAAUAAACAAGCAAAGGGAAACGAGCCACAGAGAACACGAAAAGUUGAUGCUCGAGCAUGAACCAUCCAAGAGACCCAACAAAAGUUACAAUUUCUUCCAAUUAACUGCAACAGUACUACAUCGCAACCCUCUAUUAUUUCUGCUUGGAUUACUGCAACAUCCUACGGAAAAGGAACUUCGUAACAGUAUGUAGUUCGAAAAGAAAACCAUCCGGAAUAAUAGACAGAAAAAGAGAAACAGAAUAAUAGUCAUUACCUAUCCCGGCCUUAUUACACUCUGCGUAAAUAAUACCCUUAUUCUUCUUGACGGUCGUAUGUUACCUCUGUCUCUAUACUGAUUACCUUCCCAGAGGCAACAGCGAGCUUCUUGACUAUUUGAACUAGAAAACAAUGGGAAUAACAAGGGUAAACCGAGUUAACGAAAGUGUUAAAUAUUCGGUCGGUAGUACCGCUGCCUGCGAUAAUAGUCUAUUUAAAUACGUAACGAAACAUACGGUGCUGGGUUAUACGCUUCAAACAAUAGCUAAAUAGGAUUGACUCCCUUCUUCAAGACGUACGUUAAUCUUCUCAGAGUUAAAUGUAUCCUAUAUGCAGAGUGUGUGUUGCUGGUUCGGAGAGAUAUCGACCAGCGCAGCGCGACGUGCACGCGAAUAACUAGUUUGUUCGCAACCAUCUACUUAUACACAGGAUAUCUCGCAACGCGUGCUCGUAACAACUUCCUGAGCCAAAAAUAACACAACUUUAGAAACAAAUAUACCGAACAAGUGUAUGUUCCUUCGGUUAUCGACGGUCAAAAUCCAAUCGACGUGCAACGUACAACGAAUCGAAAGCGCUUCUCGUUCUUUUGAACGGGAAACGUCCGCGAACCGUUCGAUACCAACGUCGAUGAAACUUUCCACUUUUACCGGAGCAGCCAAGAAUAAGAAACACGUAUUUUUUUCUAACUGCGUAAACUCAAGUUUAAGGGGUAAAACUACCCUUCAAAGUUUCAACCCUCUAAUGCUAUCUUGGAAAUUAUCGUUGAAGGUAUAUGCAACUGGCGUGUACGAAAGAUUAAUAAGAAAAUAAAACGAACGCUUAUACGACAUUUAAUUCUUAGACUUUUUAUAAAGACGAGACAGUGAGAUAUUUUUAUACUGUAUUUACAAUGGGAUUGUAAAAGUUUUUAUUUUAUUCGAAAAUGAUAUUAUAAACGAGUAAUUGUAACGAUCUCCAAGACUGAUAACCAAUUUUCGCGAAAUUCGACUUUUAUAAUAAAGUAAACGUGUCAUGAAUUCAUUACGAUCAGCGCGAUACAUCUGCAACUACUUUUGUGGAAUUAAUGUAAAAUGGGUUCGAAUUGAUUUGUAAAAUGUACAUAUAGUAAAUAAUAAUAAUGCACGUGAAUCGUACCACAGGUAUAUUACGAAUUGGCUUCCUUUUUUUUAGCUGCUGGUUUCAUCCCUUAAACUUGACUCGAAAUCAGCAACAUUUCGCGAAUGUUUCUUUCAUGUUUAAAGACACUCGCUGAACGUAACAUCUUUUUUUAUUAUUUCACGUCCUACGUAUAGCUUGGAUCGUUGGUAUCGAUAACUGAACAAAUCGUAGUUCGAGUUAUGCCGAAAUCACUCAAAACUGUUUUAUUUGUGAUUCUGAGCUUACGGUUUAAAAUGUAUCCUAUUUGAAUCUUUCCACGAAUUUUACGAAACAGUUUGCCAUUUAUACAAACGUUUUAAACUAAAUUCGCUACGUUUGUAUAUAUAACAAACAAAAAUUUAUUUCCUUGAUUUAAACAGUUAUUCGGGCAAAAGCUAUAUUCGUUCAAUGUCAAGUAUCAUUUAAUGGUACAAAUUAAUGUUUAUUCAACAAAUGGGUAGGUGCUUGAAAAACUCAAGUAUCAGAGAUAAAAAAUUUGUAAAAUAGCUACACCUAAAGUAAUUAGGCUGACCAUGAGGUAUUCUACUGGAAAUAGAUUGGCUUUAGUCCGAAACACUCGUUUAACUGAUCAAUAGUUUCACAACUAACCGCGUGGAAAGAUUAAAAUGGGACAUCCUAUAUAUAUAUAUAUAUAUAUACAUAUAUAUAUAAAUGUAUUAACAAAGAGUAAUCGUUCCCAUGGAAUAAUUUUCCGUCCAAUCAACGUUUUCCAAGCCAAGAAUGUUGUAUGCUUUUUUUUUACAAAAGAUGGCGGCAAGCCGACGUUUUAAAUUUUACUGUAAUAUUUUUUACCGUUGCGUAAAACUAACGAAGAGGUCUUAAAAAUGUACAGGAUCUCUAACAACAACAAAAAUGCAUCUCCU